AUGGCUUCGAACACCCUUGUUGAUGGUGGAGAUGAUGCACCCAAUUAUCAAUUACGUGGUGUUGAACAAGUCUUACCAAACUCUGGAACAAAGAGAUAUAUUCCAGAUUCACCCUCUUCGUUGACGCCAGCAGAGGAUGCACCCAAUUAUCAAUUACGUGGUGUUGAACAAGUCUUACCAAACUCUGGAACAAAGAGAUAUAUUCCAGAUUCACCCUCUUCGUUGACGCCAGCAGAGGGUAUGUUAUUUGACACUGUUGAUGAUGCGUAUAACUUUUACAAGACUUACGCAGAAGCUGGAGGUUGGACUGAAGGUCAAAAAGAGUUUCGACCGGUCGAUACUUUGGUCGAACAGCCGUCUGAUAGGUGGGUACGUAGGGUACCAUCCAAAAGGACCGGAUGCCAAGCUGCGGUCAGAAUAAAGCUUACCGAUGCCAAGAAGUAUUUGCUGUAUCACUUUACAGAGGUGCACAACCAUGAUUUUGUGCACGAAGAAGAUUUACAUCUUCUCAAGGAAAACAGGGGUAUUAAUCAUGCACACGAAGAGAUGAUAAACAAGAUGUCACAUCUCAACAUUGGUCCUGUUCGUGCAUUUAACAUUAUGAAGGAAGUGUAUGGUGGGUUCGACAAAGUCGGUGCGACCAAAGUCGAUUUUAAAAAUUUCAAGAAAGAAUUAAAUCUUUUUAUCGGAGAGUUUGAUGCUGAAAUGUUUGUCAAGCGACUGAUGAGGAAAAAGGAGUUUUUACCGAACUUCUCUUGUGAAUAUGAAACGACAGACGAAGGUGUGUUGAAGUGCAUUUUUUGGGCCGACGAGGACAUGAAGAGGACUUAUUAUAUGUUUGGAGACGUUAUAUCAUUUGAUGCUACCUACAAGUGUAACAAGUAUAACAUGAUGUUUGUCCCUUUCACUGGGAUUGAUAAUCAUAAUAGGAACGUCACACUUGGUGCUGCAAUUCUCAGUUCUGAAACGGCAGAGACGUAUAGCUGGUUACUUAAGGCGAUCAAGAACGCAUAUGGGUACGCGCCUCCCGUAAUCGUUACUGACCAAGACCCUGCGAUGAAAAAGGCUAUAGCGGAUGUUUGGCCUGAGUCUAGGCAUCGGUUAUGUAUGUGGCACAUCAUGGAUAAACUCACUACAAAGGUCGGGACUGCCCUGUGUUCAAAUACAGAUUUCAGGAAAAGAUUGUCUGCAGUUGUUUGGACUGAUUCUCUAUUUCCCGAAGCGUUUGAGACUGAAUGGGCAGCUAUUUUAAAUGAUUUCGGUUUAACCGACCAUGAAUGGCUGACGUAUAUAUAUGGGCUACGUGAAUCAUGGAAUCCAGCUUACUAUCGCGAAGAAGAAAUGUCUGGUCUUAUGCGGACAUCAUCUAGGUCCGAAAGCGUGAAUCACUUUUUUGGCAAGAUUAGCAAUCCAAAGUGCACGUUGGUUGAAUUUCUUAGCCACUUCGACACAGCUAUUGAAGCGCAAAGACACGAGCAUCGAAAAAACGAUCAUGACACUCGAUACACCAACCCUGGAGAGUGGAGUGAUUUUGUUCUCGAGAAUGUCAAAUUAGAGCACGUCGGUGAUUUCAUUAAGUUUUUUUUUAUAAAGGAUCUCGAUCAGCCAUGUUCUUCGUUCUUCGAGGUUAUGAUACGCGAGGAGGAUGUUACUGUUAAGUGUAACUGCAAUAGGUUUGAGCAGUUUGGAUUGUUGUGCAGUCACAUUUUUUGUGUGUUACGGAUUCUUGAUGUAAGGGAGUUUCCAAAACAAUAUAUAUUGAGGCGUUGGACGCGUGAAGCUGUUCCAAAUAGUUCCCCCGGGUCCAUUCUUACGGAUGGUGGAGAUCCAGAUCGUAGUGAGGAGGUUAACCGUUGUGUUCGUGAGAUUAGUCACGCAACUGAGUAUGUUGUGAACAAGUUGAUUUCAAAAUUUGAUCAGUUGUCUGAUUUUCGUGAUCAUAUCAAGCAGUUUAUGUCAGUCGCUGAUGAAGCUCAAAUAAACGCACCUCCCAAGACACGACGUAAUCGAUUUGCUGAACUGCUGGGAGUUGCUCCAGAGAGCACGACCACUAUCCGUGUUCCAGUUAGUACCAGGUUCAAGGGUUGUGGUUCUCAUAAACGCCUUAAAUAUCAAAAGGAGCGAGCCAUAAGUCAGUCUGGAAGUAAACGUCGUCAAUGUUCAUUAUGUAAAAAAUAUGGUCAUAACAGAGUAACGUGUUGGAAAUACAACGUGGCUGUGCCUGAGGCAGGUGCUUCGCGGAAUGCUGAAGGUAAUGAAGAUACAAUUGGUGAAGGAGACGCUGCUACAGUUGUUGAAGGUGAUGGUCCUGGUUCAAACGAUGCUGAUGAUGUGUUUUACACAUUUGGAAACGAUGCAGAUAUGGAUGAUGAAGACAUGGCAGAGUAG